CUACAGCCAUGGCAGCAAACCUGAUAACCUUCUAUAUCAUCUUUACGAAAUGGCUAGUCUCACAACUUCCGUGGGCCUCUCUUUUCCCAAUUCGGCCUGCUUCAAAGCUGAGUCCAGAUACCAUUUUACUUCGUCGCCGCCGUCCGUGAAAGCCGCGACUAGGAUCACCCCGGCGAAGGGAUUGGUACGGAGAUACUUUAGCCGCCGCACUCUAGUUUCUCCGAAUCUCAGAAUCAUGGCUUCCGCAGUGGAAACGGAGCAGCAGGGCGUGAAGAUUGUCAGAAACCCUUCCGAAUCUCAGCUCUCCGAGCUCGGUGUUCGGUCUUGGCCGAAGUGGGGAUGUCCUCCAAGCAAAUUUCCAUGGACAUAUUCUUCGAAGGAGACGUGCUACCUGCUGGAGGGGAAGGUGAAGGUGUACCCGGAAGGAUCGGAUAAGGCAGUGGAGAUCGGUGCAGGCGACCUGGUUGUGUUCCCUAAGGGCAUGAGCUGCACCUGGGAUGUUUCGAAAGCCGUCGACAAGCAUUACCAAUUUGAAUGAAUCAGUUGCCUAGCUAGGUACCCUCUGCUCUUAUCUUGUUGCCGGUAUUUACUUGCUACAUUGUGUUAUGUUUAUGUGUUCAUCGUGAAUUUCUUCGGAUUAUAAAUAUGAUGAAUGAUCGAUCCAUUUCUGAAUA